GUGUAUCCUUUACCACCAAAUCUGUAUAUUCUCGUCCCUCCACCGAAGAAAAAAACAACAACCGAACAGAAAUCAAAAUGGCCAGCGUCUCUUCUGCUCUCAUCCCUUCCCCGCUCUCUCUCUCAAACACCAAACUCCUCAAAACCAAACGCAACGGCUGCCACGUCAGCCCUAGAAUGUCCCUCCAACCGUCACCACCUCCUUCAACUACCGACCUCCUAACUGCCGUCACCCAGCUUCUCUGGGGCAAAUCCCUUCCUCCACAGCUCCUCAUCUCCACCGUCCGUUCCACAUGGAAUGCCACGUGGCACCUCAUGAUGAGACAGCUGGCCCCCUCUGAUCCGUCCGGAUCCUACUCCCGCCCAUCCAGCGCCUUUCGCGCCAGCACCACGUCAUCACUCUCCCCUCUUUCCCGCCAAAACCCAAGAAACCUCCACCUCUAUGUGGCCCUCCCCUGCCCAUGGGCCCACAGGACCCUGAUCGUCAGAUCUUUGAAAGGCCUUGAAGAGGCAAUCCCAGUGUCGAUUGCUGCUCCAGGCAUCGACGGAUCCUGGGAAUUCUGCAGACCUAGCGAGGCAGGCGCGGGCGUUUUCGCCCCAAGUGCCGAUCGCGCGAACGGAUGCAGGACUCUGAAAGAGGUGUAUCGGCUUAGGAAAGGGGGUUACAAUGGGCGAUCGACAGUCCCGAUGCUUUGGGAUAUUCAGAAGAAGGAUGUGUUCUGUAACGAAAGCUAUGAUAUAAUUGAAUUCUUCAAUUCGGGUUUGGAUGGAGCCGUAGAGGAGGAUUCAAAUUUGGAUCUUUCGCCGCCGGAAUUGAAGGAAAAGAUCAAAUACUGGAAUCAGAUUAUUUACCCAAAUGUGAAUAAUGGGGUCUACAGAUGUGGGUUUUCUCAGAGCCAACAAGCAUAUGAUACUGCAGUAAAUGAACUAUUCAGUACGUUGGAUAUGCUAGAUGCUCAUCUGUCUACCUCACGGUACUUAUGUGGAGAUGUAUUGACCCUUGCCGACAUUUGCCUUUUCACCACUUUGAUUCGCUUUGACCUGGUGUAUAAUGUCCUCUUCAAGUGUACGAAGAAGAAGCUGCUGGAGUACCCAAAUCUUCAUGCUUAUACAUGUGAUAUAUAUCAGAUUCCAAAGGUUGCCGCUACUUGUGAUUUCAGUGCAAUCAUGGACGGUUACUACAGGAUCCUUUUCCCAUUAAAUCCAGGCAGUAUUCGACCAACCAUGCCUUCUGCUUGUAACCACGAGUUCCUCAGCAAACCUCAUAACAGAGAAUCUCUAUCGUCCACGCAAAGUUAUGCCCAGGUUCCUGCAUGACAGAGAUAGAUUUUGCCUUACAUAUUGCUGUAUAAUGUAAAUGCCAAUUAGAAAUCAGAUUAACAAUAUGGUAAAUGGGGUGCAAUCAUCCAUUUAUUUA